AUGCCGUGUCCCCGUCUGCUGGCCGCGCUCUGCGGCGCGCUCUUCUGCGCCUCCGGACUCUUCGCCUUCUCCGGUGACUUCUGUGACUCCAGCCAGUGCCUACAUGGUGGGACUUGCUUGUUGAACGAGGACAGAACCCCCCCCUUCUACUGCCUCUGCCCCGAAGGCUUCACAGGCCUCCUAUGCAACGAGACGGAGCACGGUCCCUGUUUCCCAAACCCCUGCCACAAUGAUGCUGAGUGCCAGGUAACUGACGACUCCCACCGAGGGGAUGUCUUCAUCCAGUACAUCUGCAAGUGCCCUCUUGGAUACGUGGGCAUCCACUGUGAGAGCACCUGCAUCUCACCACUGGGCAUGCAGACGGGUGCCAUUGCCGACUCCCAGAUCUCUGCCUCGUCCGUGCACUUGGGCUUCAUGGGUUUGCAGCGCUGGGCCCCGGAGCUAGCCCGCCUGCACCAGACGGGCAUUGUCAACGCGUGGACAUCCAGCAACUAUGACAAAAACCCCUGGAUCCAGGUGAACCUGAUGCGGAAGAUGUGGGUGACGGGCGUGGUGACCCAGGGGGCCAGCCGCGCAGGGAGUGCUGAGUACCUGAAGACUUUUAAAGUGGCCUACAGCACCGAUGGGCGCCAAUUCCAGUUCAUCCAGGUUGCAGGGCGGUCAGGAGAUAAGAUAUUUGUGGGUAAUGUGAACAACAGCGGCCUGAAGAUUAACCUGUUUGAUACCCCCUUGGAGACGCAGUAUGUGAGACUGGUACCCAUCAUCUGCCACCGGGGCUGCACCCUCCGCUUUGAACUCCUUGGCUGUGAGUUGAAUGGAUGCACUGAACCCCUAGGCCUGAAGGAUAAUACCAUCCCCAACAAGCAGAUCACAGCCUCCAGCUACUACAAAACCUGGGGCCUGAGUGCCUUUAGCUGGUUUCCCUACUACGCACGACUGGAUAAUCAGGGCAAGUUCAACGCCUGGACCGCCCAGACCAACAGUGCCUCUGAGUGGCUGCAGAUUGACCUGGGCUCGCAGAAGCGAGUCACUGGCAUCAUCACCCAGGGUGCCCGAGACUUUGGCCACAUUCAGUAUGUGGCUGCCUACAGGGUGGCCUAUGGUGAUGAUGGUGUGACCUGGACUGAGUACAAGGACCCGGGGGCCUCGGAAAGCAAGAUUUUCCCUGGUAACAUGGACAAUAAUUCCCACAAGAAGAACAUAUUUGAGACGCCGUUCCAGGCUCGCUUUGUGCGGAUCCAGCCCGUGGCCUGGCACAACCGUAUCACCCUGCGUGUGGAGCUGCUGGGCUGUUAG